AUGGACGCAGACGAUCUUCGCCAGCUGGCGACCAACGUGUCGUCGGACGACAUCGCGGUAUCACGUGAUGCGACGAAACGGCUGCAGCAGCUUUUGACGCCGCAGCAGAUUGUUGCCAUGCUGGAGGAUGCGUCAGAAACUCACGCGCUACGUGUACUUGUAGGGGAGAUGGAGGUGGUCGGUAACGCAGACGUCUUUCACCUUAUCGGACGAGUGCUAGAGGAUGUGUUCACACAACCGUCGAGAGAGAACAAAGUCGUCCUAUUUUCACCUGCUGCUCAGUUCCUCGUAAAGUUUAUCGUGCGGUCCGCCGCGGCUGCCGAUACUGCAGUCGCGUCAAGCAUGUCAAGGACGCUCUAUCGACUCGUCACCAUUGCAGGUGACAAUGCCGAGGCGGCUGCUUUUCUCGGGUCUUGCCUCGACGCCAACUUUCACAACGAGCAGGUGCUUCGACUCUUUGAUUGCGAUGCGAUCGAGUCAGCGGAAAACAAAACAAUGUGCGACUUUCUGGAGCAGUGGACGUCUCUGGUUGCUUUCAUGUUCGAGGCCACACUGGACUCAUUCGAGAAUGACCCACUGCUGCAAGCCAACUAUACCGUGGCCAGUGGCGUGGCGUGUCGCACGGUCGCCGUGCCAUCGGCGCUGCGGCAGCGCACAAUGGAAAUCCUGCGCGCGAACGACGAUUCCUUGUGCUUCGCGUAUGUGUGCCGCUUUUGGAGCAUUGCGCUGCUCCGUCACGAGGCGAACGGGCAACGCGAUGCCGCCGCCUGCGUGUCUACCGUGAUGCCAGCCGUGGAGGCGAGCGAGAGGGAUGAAAGUGCCACUGAGGCCAUCUUCGACCUUCUCGGCUCCGCGGCCUCGACGCAAGCAGGCUGGGACGCUGUCACAGGGCAGCUGCCAUGCAAAACACUGCAGGUGAGACUCUCCAGCACCUCUCCUUCCCUGCGGCUGUCCACGCUGAAUCUGAUGCUGUCCAUGUUGACCUCGCCGCACAUGAAUGUGUCGUUCUUCACAAAAGACUUGUUGCUGGAUGCGUGGCAGAUGCGCACCUCCCCCGACGACAUGGUGCGCCUCGCUCUCUGGCGGGUAGCGAACGCCGCCCUUCUGCAGGAGAGUUUGAAUCGAAUGUUGGGUGCCGUGUGCGCGUCCUUCUUGAGCAGCGGUGCUCACGAAGAGAACGUCGCCGUGCGGUCACUGAAACUGACGGCGGCCGAGCAUCUUUUGCGCCACUCCACGCUUCCUGAGAACGUCAAAGUCCGGCUUUCGCAGGUUAUCGAGCGCGGCCUCUACCCUGCAGGCUCCAGCGGCGUAUCUCUCAUGGCAAAGGACUGA